CAAGGUGAAAAUGGCGGAACGUCUUUCAACAUUUUAACUUAUGUUUCGAAAUAUUUCUAAAAAUAGAACUAAAAUGAACAGAUCAGAUCUGAAAAUUGUCCAGUUUUAUUCCUUUGAAUAUACUCUCUGGUUAAGCACGCGCACAAGCGAAUAUAAUGAAGAGAAAUGCCGAACUAACGAAGACUAUGGUUGUCGGGUGGUCAAAUCUUACGGUGACAGACCUUCCUGAUGAUGUGAUAUAUCUCAUUCUGUCCUACCUAGACGUCCCGUCAUUAGGCAGAAUAUGUCAAACAUGCAAGUAUCUGAGGACCCUUGCGUCGUCAGACUGCAUUUGGUUGCGAUACAGCAAACGACAUUACAUCAUCAAGGAUCGCUGUUGUGAUUCCCUGAAGAACAAGUGCAGAGUUGCCCAAAACUGGGCAAAUGGAAAUUUUCGGGAAGUGACACCGAUAAAGAAUUCAGUCAGGUUGUUACCUUGGUUACAGUAUGAUGACUCACGGCUGUGGGUUUCCUCCAAGAACUGUAUCAAGCAGUAUCAUGUCUUGAAGAACGGUCACCUCCGAGAGAAUUCACAGCGCCAUCUACGUGGGCCUAAAGAAGAUGUGUGUCGCUUUGUUAACAAGAAUAAUCUCACAGUCUGUGGAUGCAGGGAUGGUACGGUCAUGGGCUGGGAGACAUCGUCCGGCUGUCAGUUAUUCAACUAUAAACUCCACUCCAGUGAUGCACAGUGUGUGGACAUCAUCGAGACCCUGGUGGUGUCCGGUUCCAGGGAUGCAACUGUCAAGGUGACCUCCAUGCAGCCAGACGGCAACUACAGCAGACUGAGGAAGACGCUAGCCGUAGGAGCUCGAGUUUGGUCUUUAGCUGUUUCAUCUCCUGGAAGUUUGAUUGCAUCAGGAUCGUCAGGCUGUGGUGGAGUGCCUCCCGUCACGAUAUGGGAUCUCAACAGCGGUGAAGUUGUCAGUCAGCUUGGGAGUGACCACAAGAGAGGGGCAGGGGUGCUGGACAUGAAGUUUGAAUCUCCCUACACCUUGCUGACUUGCGGCCAUGACACCUCCCUCCGCCUCUGGGAUCUGAGGACUCACACAUGUGUAUCGACAUGGGUGGAGCCAUUUGACUCAGCGUUGUACUGUCUGGCCACUGACGACGACAACACCAUCAUGACAGGCACGGCUCGACACGGCAUGACACGCCGGUGGGACAAACGCAGCACCAACGCCUUGCAGAUGUACUACACCGGAAUGUGCAGCAGCCCAGUCUAUUCCCUGGCCUUCAACUCAAGAUGGAUGUACGUGGCGCUAGACCUGUGUACAAACCUGGUCGACUUCACAGUAACGAACACAAACAAUAGAAAUAGGUAGUCGCACAGGACAAACUGUGUUACAAGCUUCAUGUGAUAUAUAUUAUGUUAUCUACUGUUGACAUGUUAUCAUGUUAUCAUCCCAUUCUCAUCAAUAUUGUGUUCUCAGAAGGACAAGUUGUUUUUACAUCAAGGAAAUUAAAAGUUAAAAAAAGA